UACGCCGGAAGCGCCCCGCGGGCUGCGGGAGCGGCAGCGCGAUGGCGGCGGCGGCGGCCGUGUCGGAGGCCUGGCCCGAGCUGGAGCUGGCGGAGCAGCAGCGGCGGCGGGAGCUGCUGCUGACGGGGCCGGCGCUGGAGGAGCGGGUGCGGGCGGCGGGCGGGCGGCUGCCGCCGCGGCUCUUCUCGCUCUCGCUGCUGCACUACCUGGAGGUGAGCGGCUGCGGCAGCCUGCGCGAGCCGGGCCCGGGCCUGGCGCGGGGCCUCCCGCAGCUGCAGAGCCUCGUGCUCCGGCGCAACGCGCUGGGCCCCGGCCUCAGCCCCGAGCUCGGCCCGCUGCCCGCGCUGCGCGUGCUCGACCUGUCGGGCAACGCGCUGGAGGCGCUGCCGCCGGGCCAGGGCCUGGGCCCCGCCGAGCCGCCGGGCCUCCCGCAGCUGCAGACCCUCAACCUCAGCGGCAACCGGCUGCGCGAGCUGCCCGCCGACCUGGCACGCUGCGCCCCGCGCCUGCAGACCCUCAACCUCACCGGCAACUGCCUGGACUCCUUCCCCGCCGAGCUCUUCCGCCCCGGCGCGCUGCCCCUGCUCAGCGAACUGGCGGCCGCCGACAACUGCCUGCGGGAGCUCAGCCCCGACAUCGCCCACCUGGCCUCGCUCAAGACGCUGGACCUCGCCAACAACCGGCUGAGCGAGGUCCCCGCGGAGCUGGCCGACUGCCCCAAGCUCAAGGAGCUGAAUCUCCACGGGAACCAGCUGAAGGACAGGCGCCUGGAGAAGAUGCUGGGCAGCUGCCAGACCAAGUCCAUCCUGGAGUACCUGCGGGCGGGGGGCCGCGGCAGGUGCAGGGGCAGGGCCGACCCCGAGAAGGAAGAGAGCCGGCGCCAGAGGAGGGAGCGGAGGAAGAGGGAGGGCGGGGAGGGCGGGGAGGAGGAGGUGGCCGAGGCCAGCCGGCUGCUGCUCCGCGUGCUGCACGUCUCCGAGAACCCCGCCCCGCUGACCGUCACGGCCGGCGCCGAGGUCAGGGGCGUGCGGCCGUUCCUCGUGGGCGCCGUCGUGAGGGGCAUGGACCUGCAGACGGGCAACGCGCUCAAGCGCUUCCUCACCUCCCAGACGAAGCUGCAUGAGGACCUCUGCGAGAAGAGGACGGCGGCCACCAUCGCGACCCACGACCUCCGCGCCGUCCGCGGGCCGCUGCUGUACACCACCCGCCCGCCGCAGGACCUCAAGAUCGUCCCCCUGGGGCGCAAGGAGGUCAAGGCCAAGGACCUGGUGCGGCAGCUGCAGCUGGAGGCGGAGGAGCACCGGAAGCAGAGGAAGAGGCAGACCGUCUCGGGCCUGCACAGAUACCUCCACCUGCUGGACGGGAAGGAGCAGUACCCCUGCCUCCUGGACGCCGACGGCGACGUCAUAUCCUUCCCGCCCAUAACCAACAGCGAGAAGACGAAGAUUAAGAAAACAACUUCCGACUUGUUCUUGGAAGUGACGAGUGCGACAAGCCUGCAGGUCUGCAAAGACAUCAUGGACGCCCUCGUGCUGAAAAUGGCAGAAAUCAACAAAUACACCUUAGAGAACAAAGAGGAGGGCUCAGACACCGAAGCGGACGCCACUUCCGGACCCCUCUCGGAGCCCAGGAGGCACCCCAGCACGGAGCGGGACGGGAGCGCGCCCCUGGUGGUGGAGCAGGUGCGGGUGGUGGACGAGGAGGGGCACCUGAAGGUGGUGUACCCGUCCAAGACGGACCUGGACAUCGCCGCUGCCCACGUGACGGUCAUCCGCUGAGGCGCCGCCAGACACCUGGACAGCUCCUCCCUCUGGGGGCUCACACAUGGGGGCAGAGUUAUUCGUUACCUGGUCUCUGUCCAGUUUCCAGAAGAUUCUGCUGUAAAGGCGUGCCAUGCUGUCACGUG